UUGUUGGGUAUCUCCUGCUGUUCCCGCGGCUGAAACAGAUGCAGCUGCAGCUCCUGAGGAAUUUGAGAAAGGGCCAGGGAAAUGGAAAGCUGCAGAAUGAAGAGGAGCCAGGCGAGACUGCGGCAGUGGUGAGCGACGCCCCGCCGCCCUACAGCAGCAUUUCUGCCGAGAACACAGUUUAUUUUGACUACAAGGAUGAUUCAGGAUUUCCGAAGCCUCCGUCAUACAACGUGGCCACGACGCUGCCCAGUUACGAUGAGGCCGAGAGAACCAAGGCUGAAGCCACAAUUCCCUUGGUUCCCGGGAGGGAUGACGACUUUGUGACACGGGAUGAUUUUGAUGACACCGACCAGCUGAGGAUAGGAAAUGAUGGCAUUUUCAUGUUAACUUUCUUCAUGGCAUUCCUCUUCAACUGGAUUGGAUUCUUCCUCUCUUUCUGUCUGACUACUUCAGCUGCAGGACGAUAUGGGGCCAUUUCUGGGUUUGGUCUGUCUCUUAUUAAGUGGAUCCUUAUUGUCAGGUUCUCCACCUAUUUUCCCGGUUACUUCGAUGGCCAGUACUGGCUUUGGUGGGUCUUCCUUGUACUAGGUUUUCUGCUGUUUCUCAGAGGAUUUAUUAAUUAUGCAAAGGUUAGGAAGAUGCCAGAUACGUUUUCCAAUCUGCCCAGAACCAGAGUUCUCUUUAUUUACUAAAGAUGUUUUCUGGCGAACGUCUUCCUGCGUUAGUGAGUUCUCCCUCCAGAAGCAACAGGACACCUGCAGGAAGUGAAUCAAGACGCUGGAGCAGAAGAAAAAAAAUUAGUCACCUGCUUUAAAAUAAAUAAUAAAAAAAUAAAAGUACUGUUGGAAAAACAAACAAA